UUCCGGUUCCGGUUGGUGGCGGCGGCGAGGCGGCGGGAUGGACCGGGAGCUGCUGCGGCAGGCGCUGAGCCACCACGGCCUCGCGCUGCUCUCGCUGCUCCGCGCCGAGCAGCACGACAACCCCGACUUCCGCGGGCUGCUGCCGCCGCCCGGCGCCGACCCCGACCCCGACCCGCCCCGCGGCGCCGCCGCCCCUCCGGCCGCCUGGAAGGAGGCGGCCGGCCUCGACACCGAGAUAAAGCGCUUCAUCGCCAAGAAGGCGGACCUGCUCUUCGCCCACGCGUGGAAACCCAACGGGCCCCUCUCGGAGACGAUCGAAGAGAACGAAGAGUACUACGCCGUCAUGCCCCCCCUGGAGCGGUUCAUGGAGGUUCCCAGGGAAGACAGGAGGGAAUUAUUUUUUCGCGACAUCGAGCGCGGCGAUAUCGUGAUUGGGAGGAUUACUUCUAUUCGUGAAUUUGGCUUUUUCAUGGUGCUGAUUUGUCUGGGAAGUGGCAUCGUACGGGAGAUUUCAGACUUGGAAAUAACUGCUCUGUGUCCCUUGAGAGAUGUGCCUCCCCAGAGCAACCACGGAGAUCCUUUAUCUUAUUAUCAAACUGGAGACCUUAUUCGAGCUGCGGUCAAGGACGUUGAUCGUUACCAUGAGAAGCUCACGGUGUCGCUUUACAGCUCAGCUCUUCCGCCCAGUCUUUCCAGUACGAGUCUAGGCGUAAUCACUUCCGACGACUUCCCGCUACACUACAGGCGAAGCAUGGAAGUUGCUAAUACGGCAGAGACAUUCGAAGAGGUUUUGCAUCGUUCUCCAGGAUUCGCUAAUCCGUCAUUGGUUGAAUAUUUAGCAGAAAAACUAGGAAUAAGUGAAUCAAAUCCACCGUCUUUGAUGAGAAGCCUUCAAAUUAAAAAUUUCAGUGAAGAAGAUUUUGCCCCUGCACUGAGGAAAAAGCAGUCUGCGUCUUGGGCCCUGAAAUGCGUGAAGGCUGGGGUGGAUUAUUUUAAGGUUGGGCGCCACGUGGACGCCAUGAACGAGUACAACAAGGCGUUGGAAAUUGAUCCGCAGAACGUCGAAGCUUUGGUAGCACGCGGAGCUCUGUAUGCAACAAAAGGCAGUCUGAACAAAGCCAUAGGUGACUUUGAAAUUGCGUUAGAAAACUGUCCUACCCACAGAAAUGCAAGAAAAUACCUCUGUCAGACACUUGUGGAAAGAGGCGGGCAGCUGGAAGAGGAAGACAAACUUCUGAAUGCUGAGAAUUACUAUAAGAAAGCCUUAAGUCUGGAUGAGACUUUUCAGGAAGCGGAAGAGGCUUUAGUGAAACUCCGUAAGCACAUGCAGAAAUCUUUGGAAAUGAGGGAGAAACAAGCUGCCAAAGAAGAGAGACAGAAAGAAAAGAGAGUAGAAACAAGCGCAGAAAAAUUGCGUAAGCUCUUAAAAGAAGAAAAAAGGUUGAAGAAGAAAAGGAAAGUAUCAACUUCCUCCUCCUCUUCCUCCUCCUCGUCGUCAUCAAGUGAUUCUUCAUCAGAUAUAUCAAUUUCUUCUUCCUCCUCUUCCUCUGAUCACAAGAAACGUAGGAAAAAGCGUCGGAAUAGAUCAGAGUCUGCUCACAGCUCCAAAAAAUGCUCAUCUAGAGCUUCUUCCCAUUAUAAAGAUCAGAUUAGGAAAGAGGAGGAGUGGUAUUCGCCUCCCGCUGAUACCUCUGCUUCCUUUCUUAACCAAAAUUUUGAAGUGGAAAAGCUGCUGGAAAGGCAGGACAGCUUAGAGUACCUAAAAACAGAAGUAAGAGAGAAAGACAGACACUGUUCUUUUUCGAGGACGUCAGGUGAUGAUGAAGACACUUUCGGAGGUAGGUCUGAAGAGGCAAGAGAUUCCUACAGUAGCUCCAGAGCUCUGCCAGGUAGUAGCAAAAUGGAAAAAUACGGGAAAACCGAUAGAUUUUUCUCCAGUUGGAGGGGUUCCUCAGGUUCGUAUCGUCAGUCAGACAAUAAACCCAGGAUGCAUUAUUUUAGGAAGUUAGAAAGGGACGUAGAGGGGAGAAGAGAGCACUUUAAAAAAUACGGCUCAGGUCAAGACAGGUUUUACACGUCUCCAUCAGGGUCCGACUAUUGCGGGAGGGCGGGGGGAAGGCACAGGCCGUAUCCGAGCACCAGCCUACAUGAGGGUGACAGAGGUUACGACAGCGACAGGCGCGUGUUAAGUCAGCAUAAAAAUGAAAGUGAGUCUAAGAACAGGAGUUUUGAGGAGACUAAUAAAGCACAGGAGCCAGAUGAGGAAACACCUUUAAACGGCGCAGCACAAACAGAAAGCGGCACUAAAAGAAACCUGCCCCAGAACUUAGUUAAUAUAUUCAAUCAAAUAGCGGAGUUUGAGAGGGAAAAAGGAAGUAAGCAGAAGAAACAGAAAAGUCCCUAAGAAAAUGCUGUUCUGAUGAGUGUAGCUAAAGGGACGUUAGAUAUCGGAGAGUCUCGUGAGGAAACGCGUAUGAGGAGUCACAGACGGGCAGAUUCUGUUCUGUCUUGCAGAAUGUCAAUGAACUCUCAAGCUCGCGUGGUGGAAAGAGGUGCAAGGGAAUCUUACACAAAGUAUCAGUUAUUAUUUAAAAAUCUAAGUUUCCUGUGCCCUUAACCUGGGAUGCUCCUGUACAACAGUCUCUGUCCGAUGGGUUGAAAUCUUGUUGUGCUCCCGGGCUGUAGUUAGCUGUGGAACUCACAUCAAAUAUGCACUUUAACAGCAGACACUUCUGUUUGGGUUUGGUUGCUGGGUUUGGGGCUUUUUUUUUUUUUUUGGUCCCCUGGGGUACCAUUGACUUUACUUUUGUAUCAGAACUUCCAGCUCUAGAAAGGGGGUAACUGAAUGGAAGCCACGUGCCAUCAGUGUGUAUAGCUCAUCUGAUCAUUAAACUUUCUUAAUUUUUCUUA